CGCAAACCUGAGAUGAGGCUCACGCGGGGCUGUGCUGCGCCUGUCGCAACUCAACACUUUCCCCAAAUUUAAGCACCCUUGUGAUUAUCGUUUCCUCCAUGCCUUCUCAUUCCUGGAUGCACCGAUCCAUCCGCUUUUAUUUAGGCUAGUUUAUUUGUUUGUUUUAUUUGUAGGGUUUAUUUAUUUUUAGUUUUUUUCAUGAGCAUGUGCUUAAUUUUGCAAGGAUUGCAAAGGUGCCACCGGGAGUGAGUUAGGCAAUAUGCGCCGCUGGGAUAUGGUUUUCAACCGAAAGGCUUAUGGAAUAUAGCCUGAUUUUCCACAACCUGUAUGCCUUCUGGUCCAGCCCCGUGAAGAAGAAACUAAUACUGCUCAGCAUCAUGUUUUUAAUCUGGGUAUACAUGCUGUACUCAUGCGUGGGCUACUGUUCCACCAUGCCAAGUUUGGUCGUGGAGAGUUACCGGGGCAAGGAGACUGGUUCUGCGGUGGGCAAGAGGACAGAGAGCAGCAGGACGGACCUGGUGUCCAGACUGCUGGCCAAACCGCAGCCCUGGGAGGAUAUAGAGAGUGACUAUGAGGAGCCGUCCAUCAGGACCGCUGCGUCCAGAGACCUGCUCAAUAACGAGCUGGACUCUGACAGAGCCGAAGACUGGGACGAGAUGCACGGGGAGCACCAAAGAGCCCCGGAGCCCAGCGCCAUGUCCAGCUUCUCCAACGGCUCCGGGAGCAAGAAGCUGCCGCAGGCGAUCAUCAUCGGUGUGAAGAAAGGAGGGACCCGGGCUCUGCUGGAGUUUCUCCGGGUCCAUCCUGACAUCAGAGCCGUGGGAGCGGAGCCUCACUUCUUCGACCGCAACUAUGACAACGGGCUGCAGUGGUACAGGGAGCUGAUGCCCAAGACCCUGGAGGGCCAAAUCACAAUGGAGAAAACUCCCAGCUACUUUGUGACCAGGGAAGCUCCUGCCCGAAUCUCCGCCAUGUCCCGGAACACCAAGCUGAUCGUCGUAGUGAGGGAUCCUGUCACUAGAGCUAUCUCCGACUACACACAGACACUGUCUAAGAAGCCUGACAUUCCCUCGUUUGAGAGCCUCACCUUUAAAAACAGGACUACAGGGCUCAUUGACACGUCAUGGAGCGCCAUCCAGAUUGGCAUCUACGCCAAGCACCUGGACAACUGGCUGCAGUACUUCCCCAUGGAGCAGAUCCUGUUUGUGAGCGGCGAGCGUUUGAUCAGCGACCCAGCUGGAGAGCUGGGCCGUGUGCAAGACUUUCUCGGGCUCAAGAGGAUCAUCACAGACAAACAUUUUUAUUUCAACCAGACCAAGGGAUUCCCGUGCCUGAAGAAAGCAGAAGGCAGCAGCAAGCCCCACUGCCUUGGAAAAACCAAAGGGCGAACCCAUCCAAACAUUGACCCUGAGGUGGUGCAGAGACUACGAGACUUCUACAGGCCCUUCAACAUGAAGUUCUACCAGAUGACAGGACAUAACUUUGGCUGGGAUUGAUGUGAAAAUGACUUUUUUUUUUUAAUUUUUUGAGAAGUUGUCUUUUUUCCUCUGUAAUUCAAAGGCAAGAUGUGGAGAUAUUGUUAUGUAUAUGUAAAAUGUACAGAAAAUCUAUUUUAUAAUAAUUUAUUUUUAUUUCUAAGCAAUUAAUUCACUAAGCUGCCUAACCAUAUUUGUACAUAACAUCUGACCCACGUGUUGUUUUUAACAUUCCUCGUUUUUAUUUUGAAUUCUCAUGCUCCUCCCUUGUGGUCCUGUAAACUCAGUGGAUUUACUGGUGCUUCAUAAUGCAGAUAAUCAGCGAAGAUUGAAGCAGAAACUAGGGCGGAAAGUGUAGAGGCACCAUAUUACGGGUACAGAGUGCUCACAGAGAAGUGGAGAAUCUUCAUGUAUACUUACAUCACACACUUUACCUUCAUCCUCUUCAUACCCUUUCUCAAAGCCAUUCUUUUUUAAGGUGUUUCACAUCCUUCUAGGUUUUUCAUGGUGCAAUUUUCCUGCUCUGUCAUUGACCCUAAGCAGCACAUCUCUUGUCCCAUUCCACUCAAUAACAGGUAGAUCAAUAGACCUAAUUGAUACUCAUCGUGUCACUCAUGCUUAAAGUAUACAGCUGCCCUUUCAUUCUCAGUGCUCCUGCUGCCUGCUCUAAUGAAUGGCCCAUCCAUCAAAUGUUAAAUCCUAUCCCGGACCACAUAAGGGCCCAUGUUAACGUUAUGCUAAUCAAGUAAAGGUAACUGGCAGAUCGAUCGAGCCUCUGCUCUCUAGCUCCACAUUUGAAGUAGUGUUGGCUGGUAGCCAGGCUUUUGCCCUAUCUACUCAGUUCAAAGGUCACACAAAGUCUCAAUCAAAUUUCCUUGAGAGGCAUUUGAUUUGUUGAGGAAAAGAGGAGUUGGUGCACAGCGGGUCACAGGGACAGCGCGUCCUAUUUUCUUUUCUUCUUCUUUGCGUGAGGUAGCAGAGGCAUAUCUGCCUGAAAUCGAGCAUAAAGAUAGAAAAGAUGACAGAGAGACGACGGCAAGGUUUCGCCUCACUGAAAUGGCACUUCUUCAAACAGAAGUCCACCAGGCCCCAUCUUAGAUCCCAGACUAAACAGAUCAAAGGAACAGGAAAGGUUUUUGUGAAGCACUCAUAGCACAGCAAGAAUUGCCUCAGGCAGGGUUUCGGUGUCUAACCUCUUGUGUCAUCAGAAAACCUCAUGUGCCAUCAUCCAUGGCCGUUAUACUUUAUGCCUUAUUCACUCUUCUCAAGUCUCAUCUCUUCAAUCUUAACACUCGUUGCCAAAAAAAACUUCAUGUCGAUAUCAUGUUUCACACGGCUUAGUCGCGAUCUGCUUUUGUCCCCGGCAUUGCUUCUUAGUUUUUGUCUUUCUACUUGAAUUCUUGAUAUGCAAGAGUGAGAAAAUGUGUGGUGAUCAUCUUUGAAGUGAUGUCUUUGCAGCGGAUGGUGCACCAUCAUAAGGGCACGGGGCUGCUUUCACGCUAUGCUACGCUACGCUGUGCUAUACUAAGCUAUGCAUGCUCGGUGUGGCAUCAGUUAUGAAAAUGCAGGCAUGAUGGAAAUUAAUUAUUAGCGCCCAGAGAAGGGUUUUAAUGCAUUUAUGCAGAGCUCAGACUGAAUGUAGACAACCUAUCCACACAAGAAAACUCAUUCAAGUCAGACUGCCAUUUAGUGAAAAGUCAAAUCUGAUUGUCCUUAUUAAAAUAAGAAAAUGUUGUGCCUCUUCAACUGUUGGAUCCAACACAGUUAGCCUGCUUGCGUUAAAACAGGCAACCACUUAUUCUGCUAUUUCUCUUAUUUUCCAUUUGAAACCAGCUACCUGGUUUCACCUCAAACCAAUGGUUGCUAGCAGGGGUGAUUGAGGCUUGCUUUUAUUCUGCCUGAGCGAUGGUACUCCUAGUGAGAACGUGUUUGAAGAAAGCCUUCAUCGCCUCUUCUCUCCUUAGUGCAAUGUUUGAUUAUUAAAAGCAUUUAUGGUGACCUCUUUCAGCAAGCUGUCACGUUGUUGAAGAAAAGUCGGACAUUUUCCUGUAAGCUGAUGGGAGUACUGCAUUUGACUUCUGUUCAUUUUUACUGAGGGGAUAUCUGAAAAAAAAAAAGAAACAAGAAAAAAAUAAAAUAAAACCCUUGCACCCAUGGGUUUACUCCCAUGUUGCUGCAUCUGUUAUGGUUGAGUUUUAUUCAGCCUGUUUUCAGAUCUAAAAAUGUUAGAAAUGUUUGUCUUAUCCACAUAUUAUAUGUAUUUAGUCUAGCAGAUCUGUAUGUACAAAAAUGAAAAAGACAUGUAAAUCAAGUAUUUUGUGGUAUGUACAUCAAAGGAAUUAAUUUUACACAAUGCAAGAGCAACAUGGAGCAGAUGUUUCUAGAUGAUUAAAUACUGAACAUUCAUAAUAUUUCUUUGUAUGAAGAAAUAAAUAAAAAAAUAUAUAUUUUACCAAA